GGGAAAGACUCUUUCUGUUUACUGCUUCAACCCCUCUCACUCUCAAAGGGACACGCGAAAGGUGGAAGCCAAAAAAACAAGUAGAAGGUUACAACUUGAUACGAAUAAACUAUUCAGGAGUGCGUGAGAGAGAACAAGAGAGAGGUAGAGAGAGAAAGAGAGAGAGAAAGAGAGCUGAAAAAGAGGCAGGCAGGGAAUAGGGGGUCGUGUCGGCUUCAACCAAACACGACCUUAUCAACCAUUUCUUCCGUCGAAUUUCGAUCUACUUCAUUGGUUUUCGUUUUUUGUCAUCUCCUUCUUCUCCCCGAAACCCUAGCGACUUGCUUUGCUGUUCCAACUUGGGGGUCCGGAGGAGGUAAAUCAGCUUUAAGGGGCGCACACAGUUUUCCCUUUACCGACAGCAUCAAUAUACUUACGCUCGUUUGAGUAAAAUCGCUCAAUUUAUACCCUGGAAUAGUUUUGCGCAAAGCAGAACCAUUUUAAACCCCGAGUUCUCCAAAAUCCUGAGUUCUUGUUAAGAUUCUUCCCAUGGCAUUUAUGGCUUCAAAUCAGACUUCUGGUGGAAACCAUCCAGGGGCAACCAAUGAUGCUUUGUACAAGGAAUUGUGGCAUGCCUGUGCUGGCCCCCUUGUCACUCUUCCACGCGAAGGGGAGCGGGUUUACUACUUUCCACAGGGCCACAUGGAACAGCUUGAGGCCUCGAUGCAUCAGGGGUCUGAUCAGCAAAUGCCUUCCUUCAAUCUGCCUUCUAAGAUUCUGUGCAAGGUUGUCAAUGUUCAUCUGCGGGCUGAACCCGAAACAGAUGAAGUCUAUGCGCAAAUAACUUUGCUCCCUGAAGCUGAUCAAAGUGAAGUGACAAGCCCUGAUGAUCCACUGCCCGAGCUUCCUAGGUGCACAGUUCAUUCCUUCUGCAAAACGCUUACUGCAUCUGACACCAGCACUCAUGGAGGUUUUUCUGUUCUUCGAAGACAUGCAGAUGAUUGUCUGCCACCCCUGGAUAUGUCUCAGCAGCCACCAUGGCAAGAAUUAGUUGCAACUGAUUUGCAUGGGAAUGAAUGGCAUUUCCGACACAUAUUUCGAGGGCAACCUAGGCGUCACUUGCUUACCACUGGAUGGAGUGUGUUUGUAAGCUCCAAAAAACUGGUGGCUGGUGAUGCUUUUAUAUUCCUAAGGGGUGAAAAUGGAGAGCUGCGAGUUGGAGUUAGGCGGCUCAUGAGACAACAGAACAAUAUGCCUUCUUCCGUCAUAUCCAGUCACAGUAUGCAUAUUGGAGUUCUGGCGACUGCAUCUCAUGCAAUUACCACUGGGACACUGUUUUCUGUGUUCUAUAAGCCCAGGACAAGCCGAUCAGAGUUUAUCGUGGGUGUCAAUAAGUAUCUUGAAGCUCGUAGUCAUAAGCUUUCUGUUGGGAUGAGAUUCAAGAUGAGAUUUGAGGGUGAUGAAGUUCCUGAGCGAAGGUUCAGUGGCACAAUUGUGGGUGUUGGAGAUAAUAACUCACCUGUCUGGCCGGAUUCUGAGUGGCGAUCAUUAAAGGUGCAAUGGGAUGAACCUUCAUCAAUUUUACGUCCUGACAGAGUCUCUCCUUGGGAAUUAGAGCCCCUUCUGGCCACCGCUCCUGCGAACAUUCAACCACCUCAAAGAAACAAGAGGGCUCGGCUUCCUGUUCUACCAUCAACAGUACCUGAUUCGUCUCUGCAUGGGGCAUGGAAACCAUCAACUGAAUCUCCAUCUUUCUCCUAUUGCGACUCACAACAUGGACAAGAUCUCUAUCAAUCAUCUAAGUUCAAUUCUACUGCAACCAACUUUCUUGGGUUUGGUGGGAACAAAUCUCUGGGGACUGCUUCCAACAAUUCCAUAUAUUGGUCUAGCAGGGUGGAGAACUCUUCAGAGCAUUUUUCGCCCAUAGCUCUUAAAGAAUCUGGUGAAAAGAAACAAGGCACUGGAAAUGGCUGUAGGCUUUUUGGGAUUCAGCUACUUGAGAAUUCUAAUGCAGAAGAAAGUACGCCAAGAGUCACAUUGUCAGAGAGGGUGGGGGAUGAUAGGUCAGUUCCAUGUGUAGAUGGUGAGCCUGACCAGCUUUCUGAACCAUCAAAUGUCAAUGGAUCUUAUAUCCCAUCAUUGAGUUGUGAUGCUGACAAAUCAAGUCUUCAGUCUCCUCAGGAAUCACAAAGGCGGCAAAUAAGGAGCUGCACUAAGGUUCACAUGCAAGGAAUGGCUGUUGGCAGGGCUGUGGAUUUGUCACGGUUUGUCGGAUAUGAUGAUCUACUUAAAAAAUUGGAGGAAAUGUUUGACAUCCAGGGUGAGUUGGAUAAAUCCGCAAAGAAAUGGCAGGUUGUCUACACUGAUGAUGAGGAUGAUAUGAUGAUGGUUGGAGAUGAUCCAUGGCAUGAGUUCUGCACUGUGGUGAGGAAGAUAUCUAUCUACACACCAGAGGAGGCGAAGAAGCUUUCACCCAAAACAGGGCUACCAUUCAACGAAGAAGUUAAACCAAGCAAGGUGGAUUCUGAAGCAGCAGUCAAUAGUGAUGACCAGUCAUCUACUGUGGGGCCUAGCUGCUAAUACUCUUGGGCCUUCUGGCAUGCCCUAGCUGGUUCAUACAAUAAAUAUUGGCAUGAAAGUAGGAAGUAGAAUGUUGAAAGAUUCGAGAAUGAAUUCUCUUAGUACUAGCAGUUAACCAUGGCCUCCGUGCAUCUAUGGUGUCGUGGCAUCACCUUGUGACUAGCAACAUGGACGCAGUGACUUUGGAGGGAUGCUUUAGUUCAGUGCUGUUUGAUCUUUGUCUUGAAGAUAGGAUUUCCUUUAUUAUUGUGGGUUUUGACAGCUUGUGGGCAUGGCUUGUUCAGUUUUGAGUCAGCCACAAGCAUGGGAAAUGUUGUAUCUUGCUGGGUAUGGUCCUUUUUUUUUUUUUUUUGUCCCCCUUUUGAAAUCCUUUUUCCCUUCAUUGCAAUCCUCUUGAUGUAAUGAUGCUUUUCAUUUUUGUAUAUAGUUUUUUUUCCCUAAAAUAACUGGAUACUGCUUUAUAUAUGUAUAUGAGGCCGUUUUUCCGUGAAUAGAAGCUGUGCAAAAUCUUGUCUUCGGAUUGACAUUAUGAUGUAUUAUAAAUAGCCUUGUGUUGGGCUCUUAUCUUA